UUUUUUUUUUUUUUUUUGAAAAAAAGAGUGGAGCAGGAUAUUACUGCGCUACAGUGUUGUUUGUCUCGCGGCAAUAUAUCCCAUUUGUUUAAUCAUUGCACCAUUUGCAAAGCCCAUUUUCCUUCUUCUAAACGGUUUUCUUACUCUCUCUCUCUCUCUCUCUCUCUCUCAGAGUUGCUUUUCGGUAAGCAUUCUCUCAGUCUCGGCUCCUUUAAGCUUAUUGGUCUGAGACACACAAAAAAGGCUUUUCUCCGAAUGCUGCUAGUCGUUUAGUACAUUUAUCCCAACCAAAGAAGCUCACAGACUCUUACCAUUUGCUCCCAUUUUCCUUCUUUUUUUUUUUUUUUUGAAAUUUAAUUUUUCCUGUGGAGAAGUAGUAGUUGAGAGGUCAAGUUGUGAAUGGAAAGAAAACAGGGCUUCUUCACGGCUUUAAAAGAGGAGGUGGUGAGAGGGUUGUCGCCGGGAAGGUCGAGAGCAAAGAGCCCGGCGAGGAGUGCGUCUCCGAUGUCGAGCUUACUUAGACGGAGGAAGAACCAUCACGUGGCUCAACCGGAGCCGUUGAUAUCGAGAUCCGGGAGCUUGAGGCCGCCGGAGGCAUUGUCGCCGCUCAAGGAGGGUCCCGAUGGGACGGACGGUGGAGAUUUGAAGAUGGAAGGGAGGUGGGGAAACUGGAUGAAGGGCCAGCUCUGCAGAGCACCUUCCGUCUCGUGUUCCGCUUACAAGAGGUCCGAUCUGAGGUUGUUGUUGGGGGUUCUGGGUGCUCCGCUCGCCCCGGUGCACGUUAGCACCACGGAACCUUUGCCUCACCUUAGCAUCAAAGAUACCCCAAUUGUUAGUUCCUCUUUCUCUCUCACCAUGGAAACAUCAUCUGCUCAGUACAUACUUCAGCAGUACACUGCAGCAUCAGGAGGGCAAAAGCUUCAGAAUUCCACCCACAAUGCUUAUGCAAUGGGAAAGGUGAGAAUGAUAGCUUCUGAGUUUGAGACGGCUAAUAGGGUUGUAAGGAGCAAGAAUUCCUCCAAAGCAGCAGAGUCUGGUGGCUUUGUCCUUUGGCAGAUGCAUCCAGACAUGUGGUAUGUGGAGCUUGCACUUGGUGGUAGCAAGGUUCAUGCUGGUUGCAAUGGGAAGCUUGUGUGGAGGCACACUCCCUGGCUUGGUGCACAUGCUGCGAAAGGGCCUGUUAGACCUUUGCGCCGUGCCCUUCAGGGGCUUGACCCAAGAACAACUGCUAGCAUGUUUACAAGUGCAAGGUGCAUUGGCGAGAAGAAGAUCAAUGGGGAGGACUGUUUCAUCCUCAAACUUUGUGCUGAUCCUCUGACAUUGAAAGCUCGGAGUGAAGGGCCAGCAGAAAUAAUUAGGCAUGUUUUGUUUGGCUACUUCAGCCAAAAAACAGGACUUCUUGUUCACUUGGAAGAUUCCCAUCUGACUCGCAUUCAAAACAAUGGAGGCGAUGCUGUAUACUGGGAGACCACAAUUAAUUCUUUCCUUGAUGAUUACCGACCCGUGGAGGGAAUUAUGAUCGCUCACUCAGGACGUUCAGUGGUAACACUUUUCAGGUUUGGAGAAACUGCAAUGAGUCACACGAAGACCAGGAUGGAAGAAGCUUGGACAAUUGAGGAAGUGGCGUUCAAUGUGCCUGGCCUUUCAAUGGACUGCUUCAUUCCUCCUGCUGAAUUAAGAUUUGCAUCCAUGAGUGAAGCCUGUGAGCUCCCUCAGGGUCCGACUGUAAAGACCAUGCCAACAGCUGCAUAUCGAGCUAAAGUUGCUGCACUCGAGAAAUCUAAUGACAGGAAUGUUAAUAAUAUCAUGUGGAAGAUGGAUGUUUAGUGAAGAGGAGGGGUUCCUAGUUGAUUUUGCAUAUGGCACAGGUAUAGUUGUCUAGUUUUAUGAACUGACAAAGUCGAAAGCAGAUUGAUAAUGUAGGACUUGGGUUUUUACUUUUUUCUUUUUCCUUUUUGAAUGCAGAAUUUCUGCAUUGAUCAAUGCCUUUUCAAAUAUGUAUAUAGAUCAGUCUUUCAUAUUUUCUCGGGUCCCUGAAUGAAAAUUUAUUCUCAGUGGAGAAUUAUGAUAUGGAGUCGGGGCUUGGGUCUUUUUUUGGUGGAACAUUGAACUAACCGAGAUUAAUCAGCCUAUUUACAACCCAUUCAUGUGAAAUGAGGAAUUCUAGGAGCAUUUGCCUCUCAA